GAGGUGUCCCACCCUACCCUGGUGAAAAUUUCCACCCGAUCUCGAGAAACCCAAAAUCUCCGUAGAGAAUCCAAACCAAAGCACCCACCGACGACGAGACGAGGGUUUAUCAUCGCCGGACGUCCUCUCACCGCGCCGCUUAGGGUUUCCAAAGCACGAAUUUGGAGAUUCAGCCGAAUCCCCCAACUCUUCAGGGAGAGAAUAAUUGAUAUCCUAAGUUGACGAUUUGAAGUUGACCUUUAGGUUUGCAUAAAGUAAAAGUGGAAAUCAACUGUGUGAAGAUGCUUCAGAUCCGGCUCAGCACGGUUCCAACCUCAGACGGGUGGCUCAGGGGCAAAGCCCAUGCAAGUGGACACGUGACAGUUGCAUGCCCCGACCACCUAGUUCUUGCAGAUCUUCCAGUAGCCAAGGGCGCUUGGUUAGCAACUGCUUCUUCUCUUGUCAAGACUGUAGGUCGCAAGUCCCGUCGGCAGCUUGGUGAGCGGGUUCAUUUUUGUGUUCGGUGUGACUUUCCAAUUGCUAUAUAUGGACGCCUGAGCCCUUGUGACCAUGCCUUUUGUCUUGAUUGUGCAAGGAGUGAUUCUCUCUG